CUGCUACGCGUAGGCUCAUUCCCAGUCGGUGCUUGAGGAGUGCACGUCCUGCGGGGCUCUACUGUGGGGUCUGAUCUGCAAAUGGUGCUAAAAAUCCCUCUGCGGAGAUCUGUCAGCCUCAGUCCUGAGCAUCAUUCCUCUGCAGUUCCAGCAGAGAUGACUGGACCUACUACACUGAAAAUGGAAGCAAAUAUCCUUGUCCUUGGUGCAGAUGGAGUGGGGAAAUCAGCACUUACUGUACGGUUUCUGACAAGACGUUUCAUUGGAGAGUAUGGAGAGCUUGAAUCGAUGUAUAGUCACAAUGUCUGUGUGGAUGGAAAGGAAAUGAUAUUUAAUAUCUUGGAUUUUCCAUAUUCAAAGGAUCCAACUGAGGAGAGCUGCGCUGAGGAAGAAAAGCGUAUGCAGUGGGCCGAUGGCUAUGUCCUUGUGUAUAGUAUAUGUGACAGAGCCAGUUUCAAUGUAAUCUGCCAAACAAUCCAGCUCAUUAAAGCAGCAAAAGACUGUUUAGGAACAGAGAAACUUCCCAUUGUAAUUGUGGGCAACAAACGGGAUCUGCAUCACCUCCGUGCUGUGUCUAGUGAAGAGGGCAGGCUUUUAGCUCUCUCCAUGGACUGUGACUUUUAUGAAGUUUCAGCAGCCGAAGCCUACCACGGUGUUCUUAUGGUUUUUCAUGGGUUAGUGGACAAGAUUCGAGAAUCCAAGCUGGUUACGAAGAAGGGUACGGGAAUACGAGGUAUUGUAAAGAGCAUGUCCGCAGUGUUUGCAAGAAGAAGAACAGAUUCUCUGUGAUGCCACACAUGACUUGUAGAUUCACAUGAGUUCAAACCAUGUGGUGCGGGACAAGUAUGCCUUUAUUAACAAGACUAUUCCUAUAUAUUGCGUUUUAGUCAUUGUUUGUUCUAACAGUAUUUACAGAGCUGUUAUGUUGCGUAUAAUCAGCUUGAUAUUCAGUGGAUGUUUACUGUAGAACAGCUGUCACUGUGAGAUAAGCUAAUGCACCGCGUCAAAGCAAUCACUGAUUCAAAAUGUUUCUGCAUCAAGGGCCACUUUUGUAAACAUUCACUAUUCAAUAUUGUGUACUUAUUGAUGGGCAAAGCAGUCCUGUUGUUAGUACCACUUGAGAGACAGGAAGGCUUAUCAUAAUAACCUGACUCUGUCAACAUACUCCUUCUGAAAUGCUUUGCUGGAAACUAGUACAAAAGUAUUAUAUUAUUCUGAAAUCAGAAGAUGAUAGCACCUGUAUAUUUUUCACUAGUGUCCUUUAAUACGCGAAUCCAAGAUUUGCUUUCCUGAAUUUUUCUAGUGUGAUGCAGCUAACUACUGUAAGCCAUUGAAAUAAAUAAAAAUACAUAAUAAUAAAGAUUUGGUUCCACAUGUUAAGAGACAAUGGGCGGCACAUUUAUCAUAUGUUCGAAUUCAUGUGAUUUUUUUUAAACUCCCUGGGGGGUUAUUUGAUAAAAAAAUGUAAUAUCUUAAACUCAGACGAAUUUUACAGACCUGAAAACUCAAAUAAAAUUAGAUUUGAAUCCAAUCAAAUUCUCCGAAAAAAACAAUGUCAGGAAGGCUGCAAACAACUCCAAAUUGAUCACUGGACGG